UGUCGAUCUACCACAACUUGUCCAUCUUAUGAACAUAAGUCGCAUUUUUACUUCAUAACCGGCAACCCCCCCACGAACUUUCUGCUCCAAUGGAUACCGAAAUCAGAAAUAUUAUCAUUUUCCUUAGAAAUGACUACAUUCCCGUCGUACAACGUAUAUUCGAUAAAAAUACGGCCCUUCUGCAAAGUGCUCGAUUACACGGGAAAAAUUGCUUAAUUUCGUCCACCGUGGGAACCGUUGCAGCCGCCAUGGGAGGAACUGUCGCCGCCGUGGCGACGGCCGUUGCCACACUUGGCGUCGCCGUGGUGGCGCUACCCGUCAUGGCGGUCGGCACCGGCGUAGCCAUUGCGGGCGCAGCCACCAAUUUGGGGACCACACUUGUCGACCGACUCCUGGAGAAGGACGACAAGGACGAAAUACAAAAACUGUUCGAAGUUUUAAACAAAGAAACGCUUAAAUUUCUAAAAGUCGUGGGAAUUUUACAAGAAGAGCUGGGAGAUUAUGGAAAAGAAUGUUUUCCGAACUUGUACGAAUUUAUGGAUUCUGUGAUAGAAUACUGCCUUCCAACUGAUGAAGACGUUACGGUUGACCAACUGAAAGAGGGUGACUAUAUUAUGCGACCUCUGUCGGACCCUGUCAUGCAAUUUUUGGGCACACAUCACGGGAUUUGUAUCUUGGAUGGUUCUAAACUUAAAGUGCUGGACUUUUGGGUUGAUGGCGUAAAAUUAAAGGAAAUGAAGGAAUUUCUUAAAGGAGAAGGCCUUCGUGAAUUGCGCCGAAGGAAUUAUCACGGCCUAGAACUUCCGGUUAGUGAAACGGUCAAACGUGCGAGGAAACAAUUGGCUCAUGGCAGCGAAAGAAAAUAUAGCUUGGCCAAUUAUAACUCCGAGCAUUUCGCCAUGCUGCUUAAACUUGGGUGGACGAGAUCACAACAGGUGCAUCGCGUAGCGGCGGCCUCCAUUGGGACACGAGCCGCAGCAAGAACUGUAUUUGCGGCGUCUGAAACUUUCUCUGCUGUACGAUUUAUCUCGAACUUUCGAAUUUUGCGUGGGCUUGGAACGGUGGGAAAAGUUGUGUCAAAAGUUGGCAUAGCAACGGCUGCCACGGCUCCGGUAUUCAUUGGGCUUGACAUUGCAUUUUUAGUUUAUGAGUUUAAAAGGAAAAAGCCAAAUAUUGAGAAGCUGGAGGCGUUCGAUCGUUCACUUGAGCGGACGUUAGAACUUCUUUUGAAUUCGUUGCUUGAGCUAGAGCUAUUCGUUGCUCUUCAACGCGACGCAGCACAAAUCCUGUCCCUUCGCAUGAAACUGAGCGGAACCAAUAUUUUUAUUGAUGAAGAUCUGGCACCCAAGGAAAGAAAGAUGCGUUCCCAACUGAGAGAAUUUGCGAGAAACAUGAAGAAAGAAAAACCGGACCUGCUGUUCCGAUGUUACAAGAAACGGGUGAAAAUUACAACGGAAGGAGCUACAACCUGGUACACAAUAAAUGACUCUAAUCAAAUUGUGGAGGAUGGAAAACAAAUGACGUGACGAUACGGCCGGCCUCUACAAUUAACACAACAAUCAAGGAUCAGUAACUUUAAUAUAAUUUCCUGGAAUAUAGAAGGUAUAAGGUCUAAAAAUAUCUUAUUUUAUAAUGAAUUAAUCGAGUUUAACCCAACGAUAUUCUUCCUUUGUGAAACAUGGCACGUUGAUGACUAUAUGUUAAACAGUAAAAUUACAAAUAGAUAUACAAUUUUUGAUAUGAAAGCUGUGAAAUCAAAAAUCAAAGGAAGAGCAUCGAUGGGUUACUACAUUGGUAUAAAAAAUAGCAUAGUUAAUUUUAGUAAAGUUAUAUGUAUGAAGAAUGAAUAUAGCGUCAUACAGUUAAACGAUAAUUUUAGGAAAGUAAUCAUUAUUUUUAGCUAUUUACCCCCUAAUAGUAACAUCGAAAUAGAAGAGAUAUUUCAGGCAGUAGAUUCAGCACAGAUUUCUUGCAUAUACAUGGGUGAUUUUAAUUCGAGAACAGGAAAUCAUACAAGUAAAUCCAAGGACAAAGUCACUAAUUUACGUGGCACCAAGCUUAUUAAAAUAAUACAGGAAAAUAAUCUUAGUUUGCUGAAUGGUAACGGAGAGCAUGGUACAGACGGUGACUUCACCUUUGUUAAUAAGAAUGGUUCAAGCGUUGUAGAUUUGUGUAUCACCUCUCAAUCAAUAACAGAUAAGAAAGAAUUCAAGGUUUUGUCCAGCGAGCAGUCUUGUCAUUUCCCUAUCAUGCUAAAAUUAAAUGCAGUACCACAUUUUGAGACUCUCACAAAAAUAGUCAGGGUAGAAUGGGAUGUACAUAAAAUCGGACAAUUUCAAGACAAUUUCGAUAACAUCCUGGAAAACUGCGAGAGUAGUAAUAUCACAAUUGAUAAAUUUCAACAGGGCAUGCUUAAAGGAAUAGAUUCAUGUGAAAUGUUGAAGAGAAGAAUAUUAGGAGUAAAAAAUAUAACGUAUGGACCAAGAUAGUUCGAUAAAAAAUGCUUGUUAGAGAAGAAGCUUUUCAAUAGUAGUCUUCGUAAUUUUCGUAAAGCUGGGAAUGAAUUAGAAAAAGACCAAUUAAAAUUGAUUUUCUUACAGAAGAAGAGAACUUAUAUCAAUCUUAAGAAGGCGAAGAAAUUAAAAUUUUUCAAUGCAAUUCAAAGUUCACUUUGUAACGCUAAAAACUCGUCGGACUUUUGGAAAGCGAUUAAUUACUAUAGGUCAAAGCGGAACUGUAAUGGUAAUUACGACAAUGAUCAAACAAUUACUCCUGUAGCAUUUCAUGACCAUUUUUCUAAAAUUUUCGACACAAAUGAACAAAAGGACACACUUCCAAAUGACGAACUCAGUAUAAUUAAUGACGAUACGGAUGGAGCUUUCACAUCUGCAGAACUAAAUAUUGUUAUCAAGAAAUUAAGUACUGGAAAAGCGCCCGGGCCGGAUAGUAUCCCAAAUGAAGCAUGGAAGGGACUUAAUGACAUGCAAAGACUUAUAUUACUAGAUAGCAUAAACUUAUUAUGGGAGAGUCAACAAAUCCCAGAUGGAUGGGCGGAUAUUAUUAUCUCACCCAUAUACAAAAAAGGCGAUAAACUUGAUCCAAAAAAUUAUCGACCUAUUUCCCUAAUAAACACCGGUUUAAAAUUGUAUACUAUGCUUUUGACAAAUCGUUUAAAUGAGUGGUGUGAGAAACAUGAAAAAAUAUCACAAUUUCAGGCUGCAUACAGAAAGGGAAUGGGUUAUGAAGAUCAUAUUUUCAUGUUAAACUCAAUCUUGCAACAUAUUAUUAGAAAUAAAAGGGGAAAGGUAUAUGCAUUACUGGUGGACCUCAGUUCAGCUUUUGACCGAGUCAAGCAUGAUCAGCUCUGGAAAAAGUUAAAAUUAGCAGGAAUUAGUGACAAAAUGCUGAAUACCAUCAAGAACAUUUAUGCCAAAGCGAAGGCAAAAGUCCGUACGCGCCACGGAGAAAGCAAUUUCUUUCCCUUUAAAAAAGCUGUACUACAAGGAGAAACGCUCAGUCCAAAAUUGUAUACUUUCAUACAAAUGACCUGUUUGACCUCAUGCAUAAUAAUAUAGAGCUGUCUAUCUUAAGAAUUGGAACUGCUGAAAUUCAUUUGCUAUGCUAUGCGGACGAUAUCAUUUUGUUAGCAACAAACGCCAUUCACUUGCAAGAAAAAAUAAAUAUUUUGAGAGAUUAUUUAAUAGGAAAUGAUAUGCAAAUUAAUCUCUCAAAAACUAAUUUCAUGAUUUUUAGAAAUGGCAAGCCUAAGAGAUUAGAACCAAUCGUUUUUUGGGGAAAUGACAAGAUCGCAUGCACAGAAUCAUACAAAUACUUGGGAGUCAACUUUAAUAGUAGGAUGAACUACUCCGACAUUUGUAACUCUUUUCUAUUAAAAGCAAAACAAGCUGAAAAUGAGCUUUUUAUUUUAUUUUAUAAAGCCAAUAUAACAAAACUUGAUACAAGACUGAAACUGUUUGAUUCAUUAACCAAGUCUGUACUACUCUACUGUUCACAUAUAUGGGGCCUAGGAGUGUUAGAUAAAUUAAUUAUGUUUCAAGCAAAAUUUCUUCGAAAGUUAUUUUACUUGCCUAAUCAUACUCCUCUAUGGUUUCUGAGAUUAGAAACUAACUGCUACCCGAUACAAUUAAGUGUAAUUAAAAAUGCUAUGAAGUUUGUGCUGAAGAUACUGCAACGUCCGUACAGUACUGCAUUGAGGCAAGUCCUCAAUAAUCUAAUUAAAACUAGUACAUUCUCAAAAAAUAAAAUGAAAUUUAAUUGGUAUCGUGACUUGAAUGAUUAUUUAAAAAAGUAUGAAUGUGAAAACUUAUUUUCAUUUGAUCCGGAAAAUGUAAAUUUAGAUACGAUAAAUAUUUUAAGAAACAAUAUAAAUAUAAUAGCUAAUACGAUUAGAAAUAGAAUAGUAGAAGAAGAUGUAAUUAGAAUGCAAAGCUCAAACUCUUUAUGUCACUUUAAACACAUUAAAUUGCAUGUCCAGGUUGAAGGUUUCUUAAAUGGAAAUAUGUCAUGGAAUUUAGUUAAGUUGGGCAUGCAAUUAAGAGCAAUGUACCCCAGAUUUACAAUUAAAAACAAAUCUGUAAUAUUAAAUGGAAUUAAUAUUAUGUAUAACAAAGAAACAACCCCUCUAUGUAACCUAUGCCAGUCUGCAAUUGAAGACCUAUAUCAUUUCAUAUGUAUUUGCCCAUGCUACAAUUUAAUCCGCAAAGUGCUUAAUAGCAAACUUGACCUGUCUUCCUACAAGUAGAAAUGAUUUUGUAAGUUUUCUUGGUGAUUUAGAUGAGACUAAAUUAAAAUGUAUUAAGCAUUAUUUGACUCAAGCUACUGAAGUGAGAGAAGCCUACAAUAAUACGGAUGCAAUAUUAUGCUAAUAUUUAAUACUUAAACUAGGCUAAAAAAUAUCGAAAUAGUAAUAUCUCAAUAUAUUUAAAUAAAUGUAUGAAACUUCUUUAUAUAUGAUUGUAAAGGCCGUGGCCAUAUCAAUCGAGCACUAAUAAAUUUACCUACCUACCUACCUACCUACCCAA